AUGGCUUUGAAUCCGUUUUAUCCGCACCGAUGCGGCCGUAACUAUUGGGAUGUCUGGGAAUGGCCGCAGUCUAUCUUCGGACAGCACUUCGGUCAGGAUUUCGGUGGACACCAGUUGGCCCGACAGAGCGGCGAAUCGCAGGUCUCCAACACCUCUGACCAGUUCUCCGUACGACUCGAUUGCAGUCACUUUAAGCCCGAAGAGAUCGAAGUGAAAACUGUCGGCAAUUCUGUCUCAGUUCACGGCAGACACGAAGAGAAAAGUGAUAAUCACGGAUGGAUUUCACGUGAGUUCACCCGUCGUUACGCUCUGCCCGAGGGAUGCGAUGCCGGGACUGUUGUCUCACAUUUGGACUCAAAGGGUGUCCUCAAAGUGGAGGCACCGAAGAUACCGUUGCCACCAAUCAAAGACAACGAACGCUUGGUUCCCGUCAGGUAUCCAUCAUAUAUCUCUUCGGAUGCGAAAUGCAUAAAAUGA